AAUUGAUAAAAGACUAAUUUGUUUGUUAACUUGGCAAAACCCUCCACCAGUUUCUGUUGAACGCCGAAAGCCGCUAAUCGAUGAGUUGUUUCCAUCAUCCCCCGAUCGGCCGUCGGCCAUUGCCAUUCUUCACGGAAAGUUUGUGAAUCCAUCGAGAUGGCAGAUGUAGAGAAGGCUGCAAAGGCUAAAAAGGCAGCCAAAAAGCCGAAAGCUGACAAGCCGAAAAAAGCCUCAGAUGCACCAAGGAAACCACGUCCAGUGGCUAAAAACAGGCCACCGAAGAAGCCGCUAGUAUUGGCGCCGCCACCCAAGGCCCCAAAGAAAGUCAAAGCUGUGAAGCCAAGGCUCCCUGGCUCUGAGUUCAAGAGGCAGCAAAAGCUGAAGGCUCAGAAGGAGAAAGAGAAGAAGCGUCUAGAUGCCAGACUCAAGAAGGUCAAGUCAAAGAAGGCGACUGGUUUAAAGAAAACCAUCUUCCAGCUUAAAAGCAAAAAUGCCUUGCCGAAAGGUAAGAAGAGGCGUCAUCAAGAAAAAGCCAAGUACAGAGCAGCCGUUGAGCUCGCUGUUGGAAAGACCUUGAACCCCCGACUAACGGAAAUCCUCAAGACUUCUCUGUUCAAAAUUCAAGACAAGAAGUUCGAAAAGGAAAUAACUAAGGACCGUGAAAGAUCUUUGGAAAAGAGGAGUCCUCAAUACAAAUUGUACAAGUCCAAGAAAGGCAAAGUCCAUAAGGUCUGGCUUCAAAAAACAAAGAAGGUCUUUAACAUCUACAACAGCGGGCGUGAGGUGAAGCGCGCCAAAACUAGGAACUAUCAUCUGAAAAGGUUCCGUCCCAGCUUGAAGCGAGGCUCUGUUCUGAUCCUUCUCAGUGGUCUCCACAAAGCUAAGCGAGUGAUCCUCCUGAAGACCUUGUCCAAUGGUCUCCUUCUUGUAACUGGCCCUCACAAGUUGAACAAGUGUCCAAUUAGGCGUGUGCAUCAAAACUAUGUCAUUGGAACGAGCACCCGUUUGGACAUCAGUAAAGUUAGGAUCCCCAAGCACAUUAACAACGAAUAUUUCCGUCGCAUCAAUAUGCUGAAAAAGAAGACUAAGAAGGAGACUAAGAAGACAGAAGGAGAAUUAUUCGUUAGUGAAGAACAGAAAUACAAGCCAUCGGAGCAGAGGAAAAAGGAUCAAGAAUAUAUUGACAACCAAAUCUUAGAAGUAAUCAAGAAACACAAGGACAAGAAAUUCAUCUACGGUUACCUCUCAAGCAUGUUCCGACUACAGAACAGACAAUUCCCCCACAGGAUGAAUUUUUAGACUUGUGAUCACCCUUGUUUUUUAUAAAAUAUAUUGAUUUCUUUUUAA